AUGUCUGACGACGAAAACCUCUCCAUCUACGACGAGAUCGAGAUCGAGGAUAUGACUUUUGACGAAACCCUCCAGCUCUACCACUACCCAUGCCCUUGCGGAGACCGCUUCCAGAUCGCGUUGGAUGAUUUACGCGACGAGCAGGAUAUUGCUGUUUGCCCCAGCUGCAGUCUAAUGAUUCGAGUUAUUUUCGACCUGGACGAUUUGCCAAAGCCACCCCCUCCCAACAACGGCGCACAAGUUCCCGUCGCUGCCUAA